CAGGGAUCUCCUUGGAGUAACGAUAUAUCCCUUGCUAUUCUCAACUUUCACGAGAGCGGCGUGAUGGAGGAAUUGGAGACCACUUGGAUUGACACCAAGAAAUGCGCUGAACAGAGUAAUUCGCCCGCCACAUUGGGGCUCAACCAUAUGUUAGGUAUGAACUAUCGACUUGAUCUGGUCCUAGUUGUUCAAAUGCUGGAUAGCGCUAUCCACCGGAUAAAUCACUAUCCAGCUGAUAACCAUUAAGGAAUCCAAUUGCGCUAUCGAGUGGAUAGAGAUUUAUCCGGUGGACAGCGCUAUCCACCUUUUGAGCAACUGGAGCCUGAUUCCUUUUCAACGACGUCCGACGUUAUCAGCGUUGUUUGAUCAAAUUGUGCGUUGCUGGGUCUGAUUCGUUCUAAUAAAUCCGCCCUCCACAAAAUAAGUCGUUGUAUUCCAACCGACAUUACCAGAAUCUCGUGUUAUGUUUCCAACAAACCUUGGCAUCUUUGUGCUUGUUGACUUGUAGGGAGGGUGCUUCGGCUAACGGGUUCAUAUGGCUAGCAGUGCUAAACCUCGGACAUUCAUCAUUUUCUUUCGGUUAUUUUACAGUGUAACCUCGAUUUAACGAACCUGUAUAUAACAAAGACCUCGAUAUAACGAACGACUUUCUUUUCCUCAGUAAUAGUAAAAUAUAUUAAAAAAGAACCUCGAUAUAACGAAACCUCGUUAUAACAAACAAAUUUGUCAGUCCCUUCGUUAAAUCGAGGUUCUGCUGUAUAUAAAAGACGCAAUAGCAAACAGCAGAAUAGACGCUGAACUUAACGAUGGCCGUUCUUAGUGAAGUGACGUUAUCAGAGAUGGUACCCCCUCACCCACGCGAUCAUAGCCUGUUCCAGGCUCUCAGAUAGUGGGAGAGACGCGAAAGAGUGGGAAAGACGCGACUUUCCUGUUCGCGCUUUCUCAAUCCCUGCGGACCCGACUAUCUCGGAGCCUGGAACAGGCUAACGCUAUCAGUAUUGCAGGGCAUGUUUCAAGGCGACUUUAGGUCUCAAAUACCAGAAACAAAUUUUAGGUUGUAUUCGGCAUUUUUGCCAUCCUCUAUAAUGCACCUUGUUUGACUUCGAAAAAUUUCCAUAAGCAUUCUCUUCAAUUUCUCUUAAGGUGACUUUAGUAAGAAGGCGAAAUUGUAAACAAGGGUUACGGAAUUUUUUUUUUUUUCAAGGGGGUACACAAUGUGUUUGGUGAAUGAUGUGCAAAUCGAGAAUGUGUUCAGUACGGUUGGCAACAAGAUCCUUUUUUUGUUUCUUAUCUUCCAGGUGUGUUUAUAAUGGUUGCUGCCGGAAUUGGAGCUGGCAUCGUGAUCAUCAUCCUUGAAAUCCUGUACCAUAAGCACCGUGGCUGGAAGGAGGAGCAAAAAGAACUGGCCAAAAAGACAACGGACAAGUGGCGUGCAAACAUUAUGAUGAUGAAAAAGGAACGCACAACUAACGGUGGCCAACCUGUCAAUGGAGUCCUGGACUCACACUCGCCUCACAGUGAUGGCAUAGCACGCAGAAAUCCCAUCUACAAUGUUGACAAUCACGUGGACGGCACGUUCACUUAUAAUUAG